CGGGAAAUGAAGCCCAAUUACCAUUUCGAUUCCCCACCCUCGCAACUGGAAGGCCCUGGCGGUGGAGUAUGUCCUGUCGUAGAUACAAGCUGGACUGCGCAAGGAUGACGUAGACAAACCCAGUUUCCCGGACCGCAGGAACUACUUCAUACCCAUGGCUGAAAACCCCUGCUUAACCCGUGGAUUGAUUGUAUCUUCUCUCAUUCUCUUAGUUCUCAAUUUCAAGCCCAGGUUCAUUCUCAUUGGGAUUUCCUUACGCGAUGUCUAGCGAAGAUGACAAAAUCCCAGAUCUCAAGGUCAACACGGCCAGUGAUGGUGCCGAGAAACCCCAAAUUCCAGAUGGGCCAACAGAUAGUCAUGUUCUAGCACAGGUUGAGCAAGAAGACAAAGGCUUGAUUCAAAAAGCUGGUGAGACAGCCGACAUUACCGAUGUCGGAUGGAAUGAUCCCGCGGACCAGGCUGAACCGUUAAUCGCCGGCUUAUCGAAUGAAGAUCUAUGGAUGCUCAUUCGACGGUUUGACAAGCAAGUCUAUUGUGUUAAAGCCUUGCCUGAAGCACCCCUUCAAAAUCUUGAUCUGACUCGGGCGGAUGACGAUGAAUUUUCGCCAGACAAGUUACGGGCAACAAUCGAACGCUUUUAUACCACAAUAAUUGUCAAGCUCACCAGCUUCAUCAAGCAUAUUGCGCGGUUGCGAUCUUGGAAGGAGACUCGAAGGACUUCUGUCUUCUGCGCCGUCUACUGCAUCGCCUGGCUUCUCGACCUUCUUGUACCCACGUUCUUCGCCAUCCUCAUCGCAUUGAUCGUAUACCCACCAUGCCGAUCAGUCAUGUUUCCACCAGCACCUAUUGCGUUGGUCGACAAAGACACGGGAGGUGUCCAAAAGCCCAAAGCUGGAGUACUCGGAUCUCAUGAUAGUAUAACCGGGGCCCCACAGAAUUUUAAAGGUGAAGCAGCUGAGCAAGAGGCCAGUAAUCUGGUGGCAGGCGUUGCUAGCAUUGCUGUGGGCAGCGCCGUCGGAAAACACGACCAGGGAGUGCCGGACGAUGCGCCUUUGGAAGACACGGUCCCUGAUGCCACAGACUUGGUCUCUCACACUGCCGAUGCGCAGAGUAAAGCGCAUGGUAAAGUUCCAUCUGAUCUUCACGACAAAACUCGACAACCGAUGAAGAAAUCUGUAAUGGACGGAGCUAAUAUGCUGAUGCAAAUCAUUUCUGAUGUCACCGAUGCGUUCGAAAAGUUUGAGAACGCGCUGUCUCCCACGCCGCCAUUCCCGCGACUUACCCCUCGCUUGCGAUUGGCAGCCGUUUUAGUUCCAGCAUGCCUUCUAUCAGCUUGUACUCCCCUCUACAUUUUUUCAAAACUAGCUGGACUCGGUGUCGGCUUUGGCUUCUUUGGUGAUCCCAUCAUCAGGCGUGGCCUUGCCAUCCUCAAUCGGGAUUUCCCUCACUGGCAAAGACUAUUCGAACUGCAGAAUUCGCUUCUGAAAGGAAUUCCAACAAAUGCUCAGCUUACUCUCACACUGUUGCGCAUAGGCGAGGCUAAUGCAUCGCCUUUGCCACCUCCUCCAACUUCUCGAGGAAAACCUCCUUCCCGACCAGCCUCGCUCCAUCACGAGGAGCUUACUUUAGGUGCCAGCAAGGUUCAAUCGUCGCCCGAGACCCCCCCGAAGAAAAAUUUUGCCUCCAGAAUCGUCGGCUUCUUCCGCGGGACAACUGCCACGGGAGUGGAAAGCAAGCAAGCUAUUGAUCGAAUGCGCGCAGUGGUCGGUUCUCGCCACGCCAAGAACCGGGUCGGUGUCCUACGCCCCAAGGGACGUACGGAAACACCUGUUGGCCCUGUCGGUUUCGCUGCCCGAUACAAGGGUGCCCAGGGGGCCGUGGUUAUUGACUCGACCCAGGAGCCUCCGGUGCUUUACUUUACCACCGAUAUCCCACAAGAUGGCGAUCUCUAUGUGGGGCAUCGCAAAAAGGGAUCCGUACUCUUCUCCAUGCCAGUUACGGAUAUCCGGGAAAUGAGAAAGCUUGGCGGUAUGGGCUGGAAAGGAAAGCUUGUGGUUGGCUGGGCGAUCGGUGGAAAGGAGGUUGUUGAUGGCUUGCUGAUCGUGGGCAAGGAUCCCAAGCAGUCAUACCAAGUAACGGCCAUGGGAAUGAGAAAUCAACUAUUCAAUCGGUUGAUUGCUAUCGAUGGACAGGUUUGGAGGUAGAGUGCCUUUUGGACAUGACUUUCUUUCCGAAUCAUGCAGGGAAGCAAGCUUGCGGCUUGCUUGAACAAGUUGUUAUCAAUUUGGAGUAUUUCUGGAGCAGAGGAUCCGAAGACCAUUACAAGAAUAUCUCAAUGAGAGAAACUUACAGUGUAUCUAGCUAGGCCUUCUCAUGGGUCACUAGAUUCAAAAUCUGAGCAGAAAAAGAGCUUGCUGGAUGAGGCAUAGUUUGUUGUACGAGUAACAAGAU